AAACUUAGGUCUAAACAAUGACCAUAAAAUCCUUUUAUAGACCCAAAACAUGAGUGGGGCAAAAUUAAGUUUCCUUUUCUUCCAAAGAUGGCUGAAAUACGCGAUCCUUUUGCAUCCACGAUUGGUGUCAAUCGAUACCAAGGAGUGGUGUAGAUCGACACCCUUCUCCAAUAUGCUCUCCGACUUAGUCUUUUCAGCAUCAGCUUUACAUAGCUCCAAAAUGUCCUAAAGUCUUCAAUUAUGCUCUAAACGUACCUGAACUUACAAAGACUCUAAAAAAACGAAAAAACUCUAUAAACAAGACCUAAAUUAUGGUCGAAAACUCAUAAAAACUAUGGUAUAUUAUCUCCUAAGACCGCCCAAGGCAUAGAAGAGAUUAUAAGAUCACAAGCAAGCAAGCCUAAAUCCUCCCACAGAUCUUGUCUCUCGUACUUACAGUUCACCACAUAGACAAAAGUGACAAGCAACCUCGCCAGAGGAGUGGAGAAGCUUCACAAUGUAAGUGAUGUGUUGACUCGAUUUUGAAUGGAUCAAUAACCCAGAUUCUGCCAAGUUUCGCAAAGUCAUAGUUCCCGCAAAGUUCCAACCCAUAAAAGAAGAUUUUAUAUGUUUAUGAGACUUAUUAAUCUUCUGAUAAGUCUCAAUAAGGCUACCAAAAAAGGGUUUACUAUACCUUAUCCAUUUUCUGAAGUUACUAUGCUUACUACUACUAUUAAAGCCUCUAAUAUUCCAGAAAAAAAAAAAAAAAAAAUCAACACUAAUAGGCGAGUUGAUUUAGACUUAGAGAGCUUCCCUAAGUUGCUUUUCUUGAGCCUCCACUCUCACUUCGAGAGAACUUUGAUAAACUUUAAGCUAUAUGCGUUUUUUCCUUCUUUAGUAGAGGGGUAAUCUGUGUCAGACUCAAUCGGGGCUUUCUGAUCCCGUGACGAGGCGGAGGAAGAAGAACUGAUGUCUGCUUCAGAAGAAGAGGGAGCAAUCUUGAUUGCCUUCCCUUUGCCUUUCCCCUUAGAGAGCUUCUUUGUAAACGCUUUUCCAAGGUUCAGCUAGAAUCCAAUAUCACCGAUGGGGCAAUCUUCUCUCGUCUUCUACUAUUAAGCCUUCGAGGUUGCCUUAGGAGAAGACUUUUUCUUCUUUAUUAUUGCCACCACUAAAAUCGGCAACUGCAGUUUAUUUUUCUUGCUUUUAAAGAAAGAGAAAAAAGUUUUUUUUUCCACGACGCUUAGCAAAGUUAACUUGUAUGCAAAUAUUAUGCUACUUGGUUUUUAUAUUUGUUUUUCGUUAUUAAUUUAUAUUCUAUUAUUUGUGAUUUUAAUUCAUUUACAAAAGUAUGUAUAUAUGAGAAACAUAAAAGUCGUACGUGUGGACAUGCUUCUUAGUUAUAGUAAACGACGUAGUUUAGGAGGGAUAUUAGGGAGAGCGUGACGGCCACAAGCUCUCCGUCCCUUUACCUUUCACAAAUUUUGUUUCCUUCUUCAUAAACAAAUCUCUGUUUCUCUCUUUACUAAAUCAGUACCACAGAGAGAGAGAGAGAGAGGGAGAAAGAGAGGGAGAGAGAGAGAGAGAGUUUUCAAUGGCUAUCAUCAGCAUGAGCACGUUAGGCGUGGGACUAUGUUACACCGGGAAGCUUCCGUUGAGGCGAGCCACCAGAGAAACGGGGAGGAAGCAGCAGAAAAUGGCGGUGGUGAGAGCAGAAGGCAGCGGAGGAGGAAUCAAUCCGGAGAUCAGAAAGAACGAAGAGAAGGUCGUUGACUCCGUCGUCGUCACCGAGCUUUCCAAAAACAUAACUCCUUAUUGCAGGUGUUGGAGGUCGGGAACAUUUCCAUUGUGUGAUGGAAGUCAUGUGAAGCAUAACAAAGCUAAUGGAGAUAACGUUGGCCCUCUUCUUCUUAAGAAACAGUAGUUUUUUUUUCUCCCAUUAAUUCAUCAAAUCUUUCGAGUGAUGAUGUAGUAAUAUUUACUCAUUCAAAUAUAUCAUUUUUAUGAGGAGCGAUAAUGGCGUUUAAGAGCUUUUCUUUCAAAUGAAAUUUGUUAGUUUAUGGUCCCUCACUAUACUCAACUUAUUCC